AUGGAGAAGCUUUCAUUACAAGAUGCAAUCGCAUCCAUCAAGGCGUUUGACCAAAAGCUUGAGAAGAGGAAUGAAGCUUCUACCAUGGAGAGAGCCUUCCAAUGCUUCAACAUGAGCUCAAAUCAACAACAGAGCCAGAAGCAAAAGAAGAAGAAGAAAGGAGGCAAGCCCAAUUUUGCUCCAAAGCCUCAACAACAACAACAAAGUGGCAACUCCCAACAAUGUAGCAAAUCCACAUGUAGAACUUGCGGCAAGUCUCAUCAAGGGAAGUGUUGGUUCGAGGGGAAGCCUAAGUGCACCAACCGCUCCAGAUUUGGGCAUACCAAAGAGCAGUGCAGGACUCAAGGAAAUCAAAAUCAAAACUAUCGGCAAGUCUUUGCAAACCAAGAAGAGGACGACGAAGGUAAUAUUUUCUUUGCUUGUCAUGGAGGAAAAGAUAGUGAUGAUAGUCUUUGGUAUAUUGACAGUGGCAGUAGUAACCACAUGACCGCGAACCGGUCACUGUUGAUAGACUUAGACACAUCCUAUCUUGGUAGUGUUAAGAUGGGAAAUGGGAAUAUUAUAAAAUUUGAAGGAAAGGGUAUCUUGGCUUUAAAUACAAAGAAAGAAAAAAAAGAUACAUCAAUGAUGUAA